GGGGCUGUAAUGGAAAAAAUGGCUGAAGUCGAUUUUGGAGACGCGAAGCUCUUUGAACAACCAGAGGACUUCAUCCCGGCCCCCACGCACAUUCGCUUUCCGGACGGGGAAGGCGCCGACACAGCGGAGGACGAUGGAGAGACUGGGAGACUCCGGAGCCGCCUGGUCGAGUGCGACGACUGCAUUGAGAAGCUAACGGAAGAGAAUAAAGCUUUGAGGAGAAAGUUGAACAUCCUGACGCGACCCAGCGGAAUCACGAUAGAAGAUGUCAACAUCGGCGGCCCCAUCGCUCAAAUUAUUUAUUCCAACAAUGUCAUAUCAAAGCAAUGUCGUCAAGAAAUAGAGGAUUCCAUCUGCGGUGUCAUACUGAGAUAUCAGAAAGAGGGAAACCACAACAGACGCUCGGCAUCACACAUGAAGCCUCAGCCUUCCUCAUUUGCCAUUGAUGAAGACCCACUCAACAUGUCUUCCACUAGCGUGAGAACCACAACGGAAGCCUUUAAAGUGGUGGGCAGCGUGUUGUAUUUCAGAAGCUUCAGCGUGGACAAACUGGGCCAGCCGCUGUUCAAUGACAGCCCUCAGCACACUGACGGAUGGGAAGUCCCGACCUACCAGCAGAUCUUCUACCAGGUUAUCGGCACGGAUGGGCAGGACAUAGAUGUGAAGGACAAAAGGCCCAAAUCUAUGUGUUUUAACUGCGGUUCAAGCGGUCAUCAAAUGAGAGACUGCCCCAAGCCUAAAGACAUGGCAGCCAUCAACGAGAGAAGAAAGGAGUUCAACCAGAACCUGGCCGGGCUCAGUAACCAGCGCUACCAUGCCGACGAGGUGGAGGAGCGUUUCUCCAAAUACAAGCCUGGAAUCUUGAGCGAGGACCUUUUGUCAGCACUGGGAUUGGAUUCUAACACCCUGCCGCCUCUCAUCUAUCGCAUGAGGCAGCUGGGCUAUCCGCCUGGUUGGCUCAAAGAAGCCGAAAUGGAGAACUCUGGUUUAAUGCUCUACGAUGGAAAUGUGUCAAAUGACAGCAAUAUGACCAGCACACAAAAUGUCUCUUAUGAUGUUUCCAAACUGGUGGAUUUCCCAGGAUUCAAUGUGCCAGCCCCGCACAAAGUCAAAGAUGAGUUCAUGCUUUACAGUUCCGUUCCCAUGCAGAGCAAUCACUUGAAGCACAACUACGCCGCCUACCUGUCCAGCCACUUUUCUUCGCCCGACGGUCCGUCCAGCAAGAGGCCUCACGACUCUGACUCAUCUCAAAGCCUCAGGAAGAGGCCCAAAUCCAGCCAUGAUAGCAACUCCGACAUGGAUAUCGAAUCAGAUCCUGGGAAUCCUUACCAGACCCCCCGCCGGGGCGACUUCCAUUUUGAACCACCGGUGCCGCCGGGCUCCCCUUGCUUCAGCUCGCCCCCGCCUCUACCGCAUGGCACCCCACCCGCAACCCCCACCCCACCGCCUCUCCCGAAAAGCACGCCACCCUGCACACCCAGAAACAGCUCCCCGGCGAUGUGUGGGCCUGACUGGUUGGUGAUGGGCGAGGCCGUGGAGGAUGAGCUCACCCUGGAGGAGCUGGAAAAGCAACAGAGGCUAAUCUGGGCGGCACUUCAGAACGCAGACACCCCCACCAACAGUGACCUGGCGACACCCACGGCCGGAACCCCUGCUGGGCUGUCACCCACCGUGUCCACGCCUCCACGGGGUGACUCGGAAAUGGAAUUUGUCAAAGAAGCGGGUGGAUGUCAGGAUGAGAAUCAAAUGUUGCCUGGACUAGUUUAUCCUCAGAAUGGCGGCACCCAAAGCCUAGCUGGACCCCAACAGGGCGGCACCCCUGCUGUUAUCACAAAAGGUGACAUUCCUCCAGUCAAAUCUGAAGACAACAGCCCGCAAAGUCCUGCUGCACUUAUAUCUCAAGUAGACUGUCCCCAACGUCCUGAUCCCAAAAAAUCCCAAGACAGUCUCCGAAGUCCAAGUCCCAUCAAAUCCCUGGAUGAAAGCCUUCAAAGUGCUGCUCCACUUAAAUUACAAGAGGAUACCCCCAAAUGUCCCAGUCCCAGCAAAUCCCAAGAAGACAAUCCCCAGAGCCCCAAUCCAGAUUGCCAGGAUGUAAACGGGCCCUCUCCUAAGGCCGUGGCCCCCAAGGUGUCGGCCGUUCCCCACCGGAGCCGCUUCGCAGAGGGCAUUGUGCCUUUUGAGGACACACCUGAAUACACAGAGGUGGCUGAAGCCACGGGAACGUACCUCCGCAUCAGAGACUUGCUCAAGAGUUCACCUCGCAAUUUAGCCAAGAAAAAAACAGAAUGAAAAAAAAAACAUUCUUGGCUUAUGUUUUUACUUCGAUUUUUAUGUACAGCGUCUACGAGGCAGGAAGGGACAUAAUGCGAAAGAUUUUUCUAUUUUUUUCCCCAUCUUAUUGUUAGUUGUAUUUGUGACAUGUCUAAAAUGCAUUUUGUUUUUUGGGGCGUCCACUACACAACAGUCUUGAAGUAAACAUCAGCUUUGCCUCGGUGUGUCUAUUGAAGGCAGCAUUUGUUUGUUUUUUUUGUUUGUCCAUCGAUUUUCUCUACCGAUUUUUCUCACUUGGUCGCAUGUGAUCUGGAGCCUAGCCCAGCUGACUUUGGGCAAGAAGCUGGGAACACCCUGGGCCAGCCCAUCGCCAGGCACAGCACAGACAAACAACCAUUCACACCUAUAGUGUUUCUAACCUUUACAGUGGUAUGAAAAAGUGUUUGACCCUUUGCCCCUAUGUUUGUCACACUUAAAUAUUUCCCAUCAUCAAACUAAUUUCAAUAUGAAAAAACAGCAUUUUGUGUUGUCGGACUGUUUUUUAUUAUUAAGGGAGGGGAAAAAAUCCAAACCUACAUGGUCCUGUGUGGAAAAAGUGAUUGCCCCCUCCACCUAAUAACUGCUUGGGCCACCUUUAGCAGCAACAACUGCAAUCAAGGGUUUGCGAUAACUUGUAAUGAGGGCUGUGGAGGAAUUUUGGCCCACUCGUCUUUGCAGAUUUGUUAUAAUUGAGCCAUGAUGGAGGGUUUUUGAGCAUGAACCACCUUUUUAAGGUCAUGCCACAUACAGCGUGAGGUCACGAACAGAUGGCUGGACAUUUUCCUUCAGGAUUUUUUGGGAGACAGAAGAAUUCAUGGUUCCAUUUAUCACAGCAAGUUCAGCAGCAAAACAGCCCUAGACUGUCACACUACCACCACCAUAUUUUAAUGUUAGUAUGAUGUUUUAUUCUCAAAUGGAGUGUUACUUUUACGCCAAAUGUAAUGGGACACACACCUUCGAAGAAGUUAUUUUCUCGUCAGACCAAGGUAUUUGAUCCAAAGUCUUGGGGAUCAUCAAGAUGUCUUCUGGCAAAAUUGAGAUGAGCCUUAAUGUUCUUAUUGCUCAGCAGUGGUUUUCGUCUUGGAACUCGGCAAUGCAGGCCAUUUUUGCCCUGUCCCUAAUGGUGGAAUCAUGAACACUGAAGUGAGGCCUGCACUGCAGUGCCUUGGGUCUUGUGGGGUCUUUUGUGACCUCUUGGAUGAGUUGUCGCUGCGCUUUUGGGGUAAUUUUGGUCAGCCUGCCACUCCGGGGAGGGUUCAUCACUGUUAUGUUUUUACCAUUUGUGGAUAAUUGCUCUCACUUCCACACUGAUAGAGCUCAAUUACUUUCAUUCUCAUUUGUUCCUGAGUUUCUUUAGAUCUCGGCAUGAUAUCUAGCUUUUGAGGAUCUUUGGGUCUACUUCACUUUGUCAGGCCGGUCCUAUUUAAGUGAUUUCUUGAUUGAGAACAGGUGUGGCUGUAUGAGGCCUGAGUGUGGCUAGAGAAAUUAAAUGAUAUAACUAUCAUAACAUAACUAUGAUAAACACAGUUAUGUUAUAACAGGGAGGAAGGGAAAUCACUUUUUCACACAGGGCCAUGUCGGUUUGGAUUUUUCUUUUCUCCCUUAAUAACAACCAUUUAAAAACUGCAUUUUGUGUUUAUUUGUGUUGUCUCUGAGUAAUAUUUAAAUUUGUUUGAUGACGGGAAACAUUUAAGUGUGACAAACAUGCAAGAAAUCAGCCAGGGGGCAAACACUUUUUCCAUACCACUGUACAUGCCCCUGUUUAAAUGUCAGGUUUUUGUGAUAGGAAAAAAACGAGACGAGACAAAGCGCUCAUUUAAAAACUUUUCACUAUUAAUGUGACCUAUAACUUCUACAACUCAAUUGACCCCCAAAAAAUAUUUUUGAGAAGGGAAGUAAAAAAUAACUGAAUGUUUGCUAAAGUGUGCACACUCUCUUAUAAUUUGGGGAUGUGGCUGUGAUCGAGUUCUAACUCAUAUUAAUUUGGAGUUAGCACACACCUGCCACCAUGUAAAGUGCCUCUGAUUAACCCAAAUAAAGUUCAAUUGUUUUAGUAGGCUUUUCCUGACAUUUUUGUAGUCCCAUUUUACAACACAAGCUAUGGUCCGCAGUUCCCACAGCAUCAGAAGGCUCUCAUUGUUCAAAG